AUGGGGCCCAAGGUCGCGCGCGUGGCGUGCGCCUGGCUGCUCGCAGCCAGCUUGCUGUGCACAGUCGACGCCAGGGACGGCGGCUUUCAGGGACCAGAUGGUCAAGAUGAAGCAACACAGCUGAAUCGAAAACUUCUGUCUCAGAAUGGGGGUGAGCUGGGCUGCCCGUGCUCCCACGAGGGCCACGUGGCCGGCGAGUGCCCCUGCCACCUGGACACCACCUGGCUGGAAAACGACGAGUGUCCGUCGUGCCCCGUCUACGCCUGCGGCGAAUGCGACCCGCUCAAGUGUGACGAGUGCAAGAGGUGCUGCGACGGCACUGUCCUGUCGGAUGACAGGAAGACCUGUUCCUGCCCGUCCUGUGACAUCACUGGGUGCCUGGAGUGCGACGCCGAGGACUGCUCCAAGUGCCUGGUCUGCUCCCAGGGCUACGGGCUGACGGCGGACAGGAAGUGCGACUGGAAGGUCUGUAAGGUGGACAACUGCCAGAGGUGUGACCUGCUGAGCCGGUAUAAGUGCGUGAUCUGCGACCCGCCGCUCGUCCUCGCCAGCGACGGCAAGUCCUGCGAGUGCCCGGAGUGCGCCAUAUACGGCUGCGCGAAGUGCGACCCCAAAAAGUGUGACGAGUGCCUGGAGUGCGCGGGCAACCUGGAGCCGUCCUACGACAAGUCGAGCUGCCCGAAGGAUGGCUGCGAGUGCAAGAUCCCGCACUGCUUCGAGUGCGAGGAGGACUGCGAAACCUGCAGGAUUUGCGAAAUCGACUACGAACUCGUGGAGUACAACACCAAGUGCAAGGCCAGAGUGUGCGAGGUGAAAAACUGCGCCGAGUGCUGCCCGUACGGCACCAACAAGUGCAGAAAGUGCCAGCCUCCCUACAUUCUGGAGAACUAUCCGGAAGUGCCCAUGAGUGGCGUGAGCAUGAGCCCGACCGACGGUCCCAGGGAUCCUUGCUCGGGCUUCCUGGCCGCAGACGAGUGCGUGUGCGACCCUGCGGUCUGCUCUGUGCCCCACUGCGCCGUUUGCGACCUCCAAAAUUGCACCCAUGUCUGUGGGAUCUGCGAUGUUGGGUACAAGAAACGGCCAGAUGGCAGCUGCGAGGUGGAGACGUGCUACGCGCCCGGAUGCAAGGAUUGCUGCGAGGACGACUACUACCAGUGCUCGGCCUGUUUGGAUGGCUACUCGAUGGCCGAGGCGGACUACGGCCAGUGCGGGCAGUGCACCUGCGACCCGUGCAACGCGCCCUACUGCAAGACUUGCUCGCCAGACAACUGUGGGCUAUGCGAUGAGUGCGAAGAGCCAUACGUUCCGGACGACGAGGGGAACUGCAUAUGCGACACGUCGUACGCCCCCAUCCCGCAUUGUUCCGCUUACGACCGAACGGACUGCAGCCAGUGUGAGAUCUGCGACAAGGACUACGAGUGGGACGGCACGCAGUGCGUGUGCGCAAGGUCCGAGGUCGAGCACUGCAAAGACUACCUCGCAGAAAACUGCAAAGUGUGCAAGGUGUGCUACGAGCCAUACGUCAUCAACGAGGACGGCACGGAGUGCGUCUGCGGCCCCAGUGUGGAUCACUGCGUGACGUACAACGAAGAAGACUGCACAUGCAACACGUGCGAAUAUCCGCUUCAGCCCGCAGGCUAUCCCCUGGGAUCUGUUUGUGGCUGCGGGGACUGUGGGUAUGGCUGCGACGCGUGUGAGCCGCCCGACUGCAAGUGCACGGCAUGCAAGUCACCUUUGGUGUUCAACCCGACCACAUCGACCUGCGAGUGCGACGGAUGCGACGUCAAAGGCUGCGAGAAGUGCGACCCCGAGGACUGCGCCCACAAGUGCAAGGAGUGCGAGCCUCCCAAGGAGCUCGACGAGCUUGGCAACUGCCGCUGCCCAGAUUGCAAAAUCGACAACUGUGCAAAGUGCAGCGACACGGAAUGUGGGACCUGCGAGGCGUGCAGCGUGUUUUAUAAGUUGAACAACAGCAAGACAGAAUGCAACUGUGCCGUGGAGUUUAUCACUGGCUGCGCGACACCGCUCGACGGACCUGGCGAGUGCGGGUGCGCUCCCGAUGGGUGCGUCGAACCAAAGAGUGGGGGUGAAAAGCUUGUCAACUAUGGUGGAUUUUGUUUCUUCCCGGACUCAGCACCAGGUGGGUUGAGCUUCUCUUCAUCUUUGCACAUCUUCAGGGCGGAGACGUGCAUUGCUAAACAAAACAGGCUGUUUAGUCCUUGGCCUAUUUGCAAGUAA